AUGACCUUAGAAUGGUUACCACAAAUUUUACCCAAGAAUGUUCGAUUCGUUUUAACAUGUGAUUCCAAAUCAUCAAUUGCUCGUAGUUUGUGCAAUCGAAUUGAUUGCCAACUAUUAACUGUAUCCGGAUUAACUACACACGAACGUGGUGCAGCUGUUCGUAGUUUACUUGGAAAAUAUGGAAAAGUUUUAAGUGAAUCCGGUUUUCGAAAUCAGUUAUCUGUUUUAAUUCAAAAACGAGAAGCAAGUAUUCCACUUUAUUUGAAAUUGGCUUGUGAUGAAUUACGUUUGUACAGUAAAUAUGAACAGUUGGAUGCAAAAUUAAAACAACUGCCUGAUACAAUAUCCAGUUUAGUGAUAGAUGUUGUCAAACGAGUUGAAUGUAGUUGUGGAUCAGAUUUAACUUGCAUUACACUUGGUUUACUUACUUGCUGUCGUCAACCAUUGUCAACGGAAGAACUACAUAAUUUAAUUGAUGAUGGUUAA